UUGACUUUACUCUCGCAAGCCUCUCUCCAGUCUCCACAGAUAAAUUUCCAAUUCUUUCAAACCCGUUAAUGGAGAGAAUCUCCCAGCUGACAUUUUACUGGAGAUUAUAACUCGUUUACUAACUAAAUCAAUCCUAGACUGCAAAUCGGUAUGCAAACAAUGGAGGAAUCUGGUUUGUCAUCAUCCAUCCUUUUCUCGGAUGCAUCUGACUCAUCUUCAUUAUCUUAAUUCUGGUAAGUUCAGUUUUCUUGUUAGAUCUCAGGAUCAACAGCUUCACUAUUUUGAGUAUGAUGAUGAAAAACAUGAUGAGAAGACACCUAUUGAUAAGACUAACACUAGAAUGAUCAAUUUAAGCCCUCCUUUUACAUCUCAUCGCUAUAAUGUUCUUGGUUCUUUUAAUGGUUUAGUCUGUCUUCAUGGAUGGAAAGAUUCUGUUUAUUGUAUUUGUAACCCAAUGACCAAAGAUUAUGUUGUUCUUCCUAAAUUUAAUAGAGAUUGUGUUGAUCAGUAUGUGACUUGGUCGGGUGGAUUUGGUUACCUCCCUUUAACUAAUCAAUAUAAAGUUGUUGAAUUGUAUAAGACUAGGAAAAAACCUCAUUUCAUGGAGGUUGCAGUAUGUACUCUUGGCAGUGGGGAUGGGUGGAGAAAUGUUGGGAUGUUUGAUACCAAGUCCGGGGAAAAGUAUGGUCAACAUGGUGUCUUUGUGAAUGGAGUGCUGUACUGGGUGGAUAAAACUGGAGGAAGGGUGUUCACCUUGGAUUUGACUGAGAAGAAGUUUGAAUAUCUUGCACCACCUCCUCUGCCAACAGAUGGCAUGUGGCAUGAUUAUACUAUUGGGAUUUUUGGUGGGGUGAUAUAUUAGGGUAUCCAAAAUUUCUGUCGAAAUAACCUAUGCGAAUAUUAUGACAUAUGGCUACUUAAACAGAAGAAUUAUAUUCCUGACAUGAAAGAGCAGGUGGCACACAAGCCAUUGGGUUGGAGUAAAGAAUUUAGUCUUCCCGGACCAAAACCAUUAGCCUUUACAAAGAGUGAUGGUGUUUUAUGUUACGAUGAUUUCUAUCUCUAUUUUUAUGACUCAAUAGCUUCAAACUUGAACUUUCUUGUGUAUUAUAGUAAAACUAAUCAAAUAUUCCCUCACAAGAACACCUUAGUUUCGUUGAAAGAAUUAGGAGAAGGAGAUAUAAAAGUGAUGGAGUCAUCUAAAACUGAGGAGACAGAAGCCAGGAUUUGCCGGCCAAGCAGUAAAAGCUUUCUUGGUGAUCUCCAGGAGGAUUCGUUAUUUCUUUGAAGUGGCUGCUGAAACUGCUAAAGGUUGAGGAUGCCCGUAUUGCUGCUUUCUAGAAUGUUCUAACAAUUUUUAUUUUAUCAAAUUCUAUAUUUUCAUGUGUUCUAGUAUUACAAUAAGUUACGGAAAUCUACCGGUAGGUGGAAACCUUCCUUUUCUUGAUUACUUUCGUUAAACAGUGUUUUACAAGUAUUAGUUUUCCUUAAACAAGAGUUUAGUUCGGACGCGAAAAAAAAAUCAAGCGAGCACCUGACUAGUAUGAAUAACCUCGGUUAUUCAACAAACACAAUCACAACUUUAUAUUCUUUCUCUUCUCUAGCUAAAAGUGAUCAUCGACUAGAGAAUUCUGUGUCUAAAAGGCAUGGAGAGUAAUAAUUCAGAUGGUGCAUUAUCAGGAGCUGAUCAUGAAAAAGUUCUGACUCUUGGUGGUGGUGGUGCUGAUGGUGGUGAAGGAACUAGCAAAUCUGUGAAGAAAGAUGGAGAUGGUUUGGAAAAAACUAAACAAGUAGCAAAAACAGGUGCUAAGAAAGUUACAGAAGGUGUAACUUUCGGGUUCCAAUUGGUUAAACAAAAAUUUAAAAAGAAAACCCAAAAGCGUGUUGGUGGUGGUGGUGGUGGGGAAAAAACUAACAAAUUUGGGAAGAAAGUCGGAGAUGGUUUUGAGAAAACCAAAGGAGUUGCGAAAAGUGGUGCUAAGAAAGUUGGAGAUGGUUUGGGGAAAACUAAAGAAGUGGCGAUAAAAGGUGGUAAGAAAGUUAAAGAUGGUGCAACGUUCGGGUUCCAAUGGCUCAAAGAAAAAUGCAGCAAGACAACCCCAAAACACUAGCAGGUCAUUACUGGAGAUGAUUGAAGUCGAUUAGCCAAGCGUCCGCCGUAUCCAAAAUCUUAACAAUUUAUUUAUUAUUUUUGAGUUCUUAUUCAUGUUCAGAUUCCCUUAUUCUUGUCAUGCAAUUAUCUUAAAUUUU